UGCGACCUAAUCCCACUCUGCAUGCAACGGAGUGUUGUUUUGUUGGACUUUUUGGAAAAGCAAGCCCAAUAAUGUCCGGAAACUGGUCUGACUAUGAGACCAGAGAGCUGCUGACUCUUCGCGGCGAGAAAGACGUCCUGAGACAGAUUCGUGGGACAGUAAGGGACUCGGCGUUGUACACAAACAUGACGAGUGUGCUGCAGAAGCGCGGGGUGCAGAAACGCAAACCCCAAAUCAUCAGCAAACUGAAAAAACUGCGGAGACACUAUAAUAGUAUGAAGACCCAGUACACCGACAGCGAAGAGGCGAGUCUGUACUGGCCGUACUUCCAGCUGUGUGAUGCGAUCUGGGGAAACAGCCGCUCGGAGCCGGAGACUGAGGACAAGACGGAGACGAUUAAAGUGGAGCCGGAGGACGGAGCUGUUUCUGGAUCCGAAUCGACGAGCAACCCGGUCGUGGAGGAGGAAGAGGAGCUUGAGGAGGAAGAGGAACAGGAAGAAGAAGAGGGAGAAAGUCCACCAGGAUCACCUUACACCCCUCUGCCAAAAAAGCGACAAAGAAAGAAGUCCAAUCAUCAGCAGACCUUUGAAGAUCUGCGCAAGUUUUUGGUCAAUAUGGAUCGAGAUUUUAAUGAGAUAGAGACAGUCCGGCUCAAGGAGCAGAGGGAAUAUGAGAACAGGGUUCGCACAGAGGUGAGGGAGUACGAGAGGCAGGAACGGGCCACGCACAUGGCAACGUGGAAGGAGAUGCAGGAGGCUCAGAACAGCUUCUUUAAAGACAUUCUGAGCCAGAUGUCUCAUUUUACUCCGUCGCCUGCACCAGCACUGCAGCAGCAGCUUCUCUGCACACUGCUGAGACAGGAUCAUGGACAGACUGAGACUCAGCUGAGGAAAACACAGACAGAUGUGCAGCAGAGAAUACAUGACCGACUGAAGAAGAUUCAAGAGAUCAAACACUCAGCAGAGCUCUUUAAAAGAAACAUAGAAAAAGAGAAAGCAGACAGUGUUGAAGUCUUCACUGCUCUGAUUCACUCCAUUGAGAGAAGUCAGGCUGAGCUGCUGGAGGUGAUGGAGGAGAAGCAGAAAGCAGCAGAGAGGCAGGCUGAAGGACUCAUUAAAGAGCUGGAGCAGGAAAUCACUGUGCUUAAGAGGAGAGACACUGAGCUGGAGCAGCUCUCACACACUGAGGAUCAUCUCCACCUCCUCCAGAUUUCCUCCUCCAUGUGCAGCCCUCCACACACCAAGAACUGGACUGAGAUCAGCAUUAACACUGAUCUGACUGUGGACACUGUGAGGACAGCUCUGUCUCAGCUUCAGCAGACUCUCAAUGACAAGCUCAUUAAAUCACUGAAGAAAACAGUUUCCACAGAACUGAAGAGGAUUCAGCAGUAUGCAGUGGAUGUGACUCUGGAUCCUGAUACAGCUCAUCCCAAUCUUGUCCUGUCUGCUGAUGGAAAACAAGUGACACAUGGAGACAUUUGGCAGAAUCUCUCUGAUACACCAGAGAGGUUUAAUUUUUGUGUCUGUGUUUUGGGAAAGCAGAGUUUCUCCUCCAAGAGAUUUUAUUAUGAGGUGCAGGUUAGAGGGAAAACAGCGUGGGAUUUUGGAGUCGCCGCAGGGUCCAUUAACAGGAAGGGAGACAUAACACUGACUCCUCGUGAUGGAUUCUGGACUCUGGCAUUGAGGAAUGAGAAGGAGUAUAAAGCUUAUGCUGAUCCAGAUGUCCACCUCACACUAAGAGAAAAGGUGGAGAAGGUGGGGGUGUUUGUGGAUUAUGAAGAGGGUUCUGUCUCUUUUUAUGAUGUAAAGGGUAGAUCUCAUAUCUACUCUUUCAUUGGUCAGACUUUCACUGAGAAACUCUAUCCAUACUUCAGUCCUCAUUUAAAGGAAGGUGGUAAAAACACAGCACCACUGAUCAUCUCUCCUGUAUUCAAAACUGAAUGACUUUUUUUAACUCAAGUAAAAUAAUGUUAAAAAAAAAAAAGAAUUUUAAUCCAUUAAACCG